ACUGCCUGACCUCAGACUGCCGCAGCGGUCCAUGCGUGUCUGUCGGGACUGACAUUCACACAUGCUGCCGAGGAAGCGACCAAAUCUCACCGAAGAGACAAACGACGCCUUUCGCCAGCUGCUUGGAAACACCCAGACGGUUCGAGGCACCGUGUGAUCGACUGACUAUGGCCGGCAUUGAAGAGCUCUCCCCGGCAGCGGGCCCCGUCGCCGCCCGGCCCCCAGAAGACGAGAUCGAAGACGAUGACGAUGAGGACCUGGAUGAGACGCUGAUGGAGAGGCUGUGGGGUUUGACAGAAAUGUUCCCUGACAGGGUGCGUGACGCUGCCGAGGUGUCGGCGCACUGCUCUGUCUCCCUGGCCAAAAAACUAUACAGUUUCUCCCGCUCGGCCCUCUGGGUAUGCACUACCUCCUUCAUGAUCCUGGUGCUUCCCGUUGUGUUUGAGACGGAGAGACUACAGCUGGAACAGCAGCAGCUACAGCAGCAGAGACAGAUCCUGUUGGGGCCCAACACUGGGAUGUCUGGUGGAAUGCCCAGCAUGAUGACUCCCACCCCCAGCAAGAUGUGACCGAGUCACGGUCCCCGCUCAUGCCCGAGAGCUGCUGCUGGCGCCGGAGAGCAGCAUCUCUCAGGGAAGGACAGAGAGACGAAAAGGACGGGGAGAAAAUCAGAAGUAAAACAUUGUGAAAGCGGAAGCUGCAUCUCGGUGGCGGGAAAACGUGCUCAUUCCAACAUCUGGGCUCGGCCAGCCGGAUGGCACUUGGGGGAGGAGGGGUGUAAUGAUGUCACUGUUGCCACCUCCCGGGUGUCGCUGUCUAAAAAGUCUUCCUCUCUCUCUCUCUCUCUCUCUCUCUCUCUCUCUCUGUCUCUCUCUGUCUCUCUCUCUCUGUCUCUCACUCACUGUCUCUCUUUACUCCAACAUCUGGCAGAGACUUUCUUCCCUGGAACACUGUCUUUCUCUUUUCUUUUAUAUACGUAUAAAUAAAUUUAUAGUGUUAUGAAUAAUGUGUGCUCUUAAGGGGACCCCGGCCGAUGACGGAUAAUCACGUAAUGUGGGAGGGGAAAGAGUUUGUCGUCACUAGAAGUUGUAUGUCAAUUGUGUGCUUACAGUCUAAAGAAUGUCCAUGUGGGUGUUAAACAACUGUCAACAUGCCCCUGAGCUGGUUGAAGGCCGGUUCAUCGGCCGUUGAGCAGUUUCGCUGUGGUUGGAGAAUCCCGUGUUGCCUCAUCUCGGGUGCUUGGCAGGGUGGAAGAGUUGCAGUGUAGCGGUUAGGAAUGCGGUGUCUAGAUUGGUCAUCCCUGCCACAUGCCUCGCACCUGUUCUAGGUGGUGCAUUUCCUCUCUCACGGUAUUUAUCGGUGUUUCAAUUAGCCUGACGUUUAGUGUCCAUUUUAUCCGAAUGCUACAUUCAGCCGACAACCGAGGUAGUUGAAACGGUCGUCCCGGUUGAUUGUUGUAACAUGCGACGAAACUCAAUUCUCCUCUGACGAAGCCAUUAUGCGUUGUUUCAGUACCGUUGCCUUUUUUUCCGAAAAUGAGGACCGUAUGAUUCGUGUCAUCUCGGAAAGAAAAAAAAGGUCACAACCCUGGUUUGUUGUGAUAAAUCUUGAUUCUUCUGUCUGUCAACAAGUCCAGUCCUGUCAGUGUGUCUUGCUUUUCUCCAUUGUUAAACCCCCGUAAGCUUGAGUUUGUUGACCUCUGCUCGCUGAGGAUGCCCGUCUGUAUUUUCAACGUGACUGCAUUAAAUAAAGAUGACAUUAGCAGCUGGGUCCUGCUCAUUGGUUUUGACGACUUCAGAAAAAGAAGUAUUUGACGGGCACUGAGGAGAGCAGUAUAACUGGUGCAUUUUAGGAGUAUUUAGAAUACAACUGUUUUUUAUUCACUUCUGAUUUAAGUGUCCCGGUCAGCUCCUUAAGUCAGGAGGACACUG